GCCGGGAGGCUUCCAGGCCUGGGCUCGGGCCGCCCGCGCCUCCCGGCCGCUCCGGGACGGGCCGGGGAGGGGCGCGGCGGCAGGAAGCGGGGCGGGGACUCGCCGAGGCGUUGGGGAGCGCGGCGGGCGCGGCCGACUCCCCGAGGGACGCGGGCCGAGAGCGCGGGGGCCCGGCCUGGCGCCGAGCCUGAGCCCGCCGGACGGGAGGCGGCCCAGCCGCGGGCUCGGCCCCGGCGCCAGCCCCGCCAGCAUGGCCGGCCGGACCGUGCGGGCCGAGACCCGGAGCCGGGCCAAGGAUGACAUCAAGAAGGUGAUGGCGACCAUCGAGAAGGUCCGGAGAUGGGAGAAGCGCUGGGUGACCGUGGGCGACACUUCCCUUCGGAUCUUCAAGUGGGUGCCAGUGGUGGACCCCCAGGAGGAGGAACGCCGGCGGGCAGGUGGUGGGACCGAGAGAUCCCGAGGCCGGGAGCGGAGGGGCAGGGGACCCAGUCCCCGCGGCGGUGGCCCCCUCAUCCUGCUCGAUCUCAAUGAUGAGAACAGUAACCAGAGUUUCCAUUCUGAAGGCUCCUUGCAGAAGGGCACGGAGCCCAGCCCUGGGGGUACUCCCCAGCCCAGCCGUCCUGUAUCACCAGCUGGACCACCAGAAGGGGUCCAGGAGGAUGCCCAGCCCCCACAGCUGGGUCAGGAGAGAGAUCCCGGAGGUGUGACCGCCAGAGGCACCGAUGAACCCCCAAUGCUGACCAAGGAGGAGCCGGUUCCCAAAUUGCUGGAGACUGAGGCCCCCGAAGCUUACCCCGUCUUUGAGCCCGUGCCACCUGUCCCUGAGGCAGCCCAGGGUGACACAGAGGACUCGGAGGGCGCCCCCCCACUCAAGCGCAUCUGCCCCAAUGCCCCUGACCCCUGAGAAGCCGGCCUGCUGGUCCUGACGCCCCUGGGGCCCCUUUGGCUUUUUACAAAUAAAGACCCUUUUGUAGUUUC